AUGGCGGAAGGGGUGGAAGAAGCAUCUACCCCUAGCCUUCUUCCUGACUUGCUCAAAAACACGCCUUCCAAUAUUGCUAGAUUGGAAGAUGUGAUUGAACAUUCUAAAGCAAGGCAUAAGUAUCUCGCUCAAACAACUAGUCCUUCUGAUGGCGGUGAUGUUCGUUGGUACUUUUGUAAAACCUCUUUGGCACCUAAUGAAUUGGCAGCGUCGGUCCCAAGCACAGAGAUAGUGGGGAAGAGUGGCUAUUUUCGAUUUGGCAUGAGAGAUUCUCUAGCAAUUGAAGCAUCUUUCUUGCAGAGAGAGGAAGAAUUGCUUUCUUGUUGGUGGAGAGAAUAUGCAGAGUGUAGUGAAGGACCGAGAGAACAACAAAGUUCCAGUAGCAAGUUAGAUAAACAUCAAUUUUGUGAAUCUGAUGAAGAGAGAGUUGGGGUUCCUGUGAAGGGAGGACUCUACGAGGUAGAUUUGGUUAGAAGACAUUGUUUCCCUGUUUAUUGGAAUGGAGAAAAUCGACGUGUUCUAAGAGGCCAUUGGUUUGCUCGUAAAGGGGGCCUCGACUGGUUACCAAUUCGCGAAGAUGUUGCUGAGCAACUAGAGAUUGCUUAUCGUAGUCAGGUUUGGCACAGACGAACAUUUCAACUGUCGGGACUUUUUGCUGCUCGAGUUGAUUUGCAAGGCUCCACCCAAGGCCUGCAUGCCCUUUUCACAGGAGAAGAUGAUACAUGGGAAGCCUGGCUAAAUGUUGAUGCUUCUGGCUUUUCUAAUUUAGUGAGUCUUAGUAGAAGUGGAAUCAAACUAAGACGUGGUUAUUCCCCAUCAAAUUCGCCAAAACCAACCCAGGAUGAAUUAAGGCAAAAGAAGGAGGAGGAAAUGGAUGAUUACUGUUCGCAGGUGCCUGUUCGACAUUUGGUAUUUAUGGUUCAUGGGAUUGGGCAGAGGUUGGAAAAAUCUAAUUUGGUUGACGAUGUGGGCAAUUUUCGCCAUAUUACAGCAAGUCUUGCAGAGCAGCACCUUACUUCACACCAACUUGGCACUCAAAGGGUCCUCUAUAUCCCAUGCCAGUGGAGGAAAGGUUUGAAGCUUAGUGGUGAAACGACUGUUGAGAAAAUAACCUUGGAUGGAGUGCGGGGAUUACGUGUCACACUUAGUGCAACUGUUCAUGAUGUGUUGUACUACAUGAGCCCAAUCUACUGUCAAGACAUAAUUAACUCGGUAUCCAACCAACUGAACCGACUAUAUCAAAAAUUUCUUAAGAGGAAUCCAGGAUAUGAUGGAAAGGUUUCAUUAUAUGGUCAUUCUCUGGGAAGUGUCCUCUCAUAUGAUAUUCUCUGCCAUCAAAAUAAUCUGUCAUCCCCAUUUCCAAUGGACUGGAUGUACAAGGAACAUGGUGAAAAUGGGGAACCAGUCCCCGAUGAGAAAAGUAAUUAUUUCAAACACUCAUUGAUCAAUCAGGAUGACACGUUGAGUGUGAAGAGCCUCUCUGGUGAAAAGAAGAGUACACAACAGAGUUCUUCAGAAAUGGAGGCAGAAUUUUCUGAGGAGUCCUCAGUUUUAUGCCCUACAUUAUCAAGUGGACACAAUUUUAUUGCAGAACAUAAUUCUGUUAACCCAAGUAAUCAGAGAGAUAUUUUUGAGUGCGUUUCUGAUUCCAGCGACACUUUUUUUGAGAAAAUGGGUGCAUUGGAUAAACUGGAGAAUAUGAAUCUCGGGCUACCAGUGGAUAAGGAAAAAUGUAAUGGUACAAGCAACAAAGAUGAAGAAAUCAAAAAGCUUCGGGAAGAGAUUGAUUCAUUGAAUGCCAAGCUAAAUGAUCUGGAAUCAUGUGUUGAUGGUCAUAACAAAGAAGAAGUAGAUUCUGUUAAAGAUGUUUACAUGCAUGUGGCAGUGCCACAGUUAUCUCAAGAGUUGCCUCCUAUCCAAGAUGCAACAGAGCAUUAUACUCCAUAUAUCAAAUACACAAAGCUUCUAUUCAAGGUUGAUACAUUCUUUGCUGUUGGAUCCCCUCUAGGUGUAUUUCUUGCACUCCGCAAUAUCCGACUUGGCGUUGGAAGAGGCCAAGAAUAUUGGGAACAGGAAAAUAUUAGUGAAGAAAUGCCAGCUUGUCGUCAGAUGUUUAACAUUUUUCACCCUUUUGAUCCUGUAGCAUACAGGAUAGAGCCACUUGUCUGCAAAGAUUACAUUGGCAAACGUCCAGUCUUGAUUCCUUAUCACAGAGGAGGAAAAAGAUUGCAUAUAGGAUUCCAGGAGUUUACUGAAAAUCUAGCAGUUCGCACUCACACAAUAAAGAAUUAUGUGAUAUCUGCAAGGGAUAGGGUACUAACAGUUUGUCAAUCAACAGACGUGGAGAACUUAGAAGGAGAGAGUAUUGCCGAGGAGGAAGAGACAUCAUAUGGAUCUUUAAUGAUGGAGAGGUUGACGGGAAGCAAAACUGGACGAGUUGAUCACAUGCUUCAGGAUAAGACAUUUGAGCAUCCAUAUCUGCAAGCCCUUGGAUCACACACGAACUAUUGGCGAGACUAUGAUACUGCUCUUUUUAUAUUGAAACACCUGUAUCGAGAUAUACCAGAAGACCCCAAUUCGACAACUGUAUAUAACACUGGAAGCUCUAAACAUGAGAGUAGUUCUACUGGUUGGUAUGACCCAAGAGACACUGUCGAAGAAGAUGCUCCUUUGACUUUCUCUGACAAAGUCAAGGUCAGAAACUUCUCAACCAAAGCUAAAAGGAUUAUGCAAAUAUAA